GCAACUUGGCCAGUGGGUGGUCGCGUUCGUCAAAGCAAUAACUUGUCCUGUGCAUGUUGUGUGUAGCCCUCGUGGUCUCGUGGUUGUGGCCAAGUCGCGACGCGUGUCGAUCCACCAGCAUAUAAAUUCAAUGGUAUGUCGUCUGGUGGGUGUGCCCAAACAACAGACAGACAGACCAGCAACACUGAGCUGCUACAGAUCUGCUUGAAGUAGAGGACUCAACAAGGGAACGCAGUGGUCAUGUUGCUGUCACCUGCCGGAGCUUUGCGGGCGAUGCUGGUGCUGUGUGGUGCGCUGGGCCUUCAGCAGAUACGCCACCGACCGCCAGUGUUCGAGCGAGGCACCUCUACCGCCAUCAUCCCGUACAACAAGGACGUGUUGCCACAAACACGUGCUACUGCGCGGUUGCACGGGGAUAGCUGUUGGGAGAAGACGCAGACACCGCAACCACAAGGCUGGCGCGUAGCGCGGGGGGGCUUUUCUUUUGCCGUCCACUCUUCAUCACCAUCCGGGACAGAGGAUGAAUUAUCGGAUGGCUCGUCUCGAAGGCGGCAGGCACGCAACAGCGAGAAAAAUAGAGCGGGACGCAACAACAGCCGCUCAUCGUCUUUGGAGUCCCCUCAGCAAUCGCCGCCGUUGGAGGUCCUCCAUCAAAAUGAGCACUUCGCUGUGGUCUCCAAGCCGCCAGGGAUGCAUUGUCAUCGCCCUGAGUUUGGCUCUCGCGAUCCCGACUUCGUAAUGCAGAAGGCUCGAGACCAGCUAGGGCGCCGCGUUUUUCUACCGCAUCGUUUGGACCGCGCCACAUCUGGAUGUCUCUUGGUGGGCUUCAGUUCCCAAGCAGCCAAGGUGCUCCAUCAAACGCUUGCCCAACCCGACUCCAGCAAGACGUACGUGGCGAUCGUGAGGGGUAGCGGGGGCGCAUUUGUCGGCAAGGGGUGGUUCACGGUGGACAGACCAAUCAAGGAUGAGAAGAAGAUCUUGAGGGAGGCGUCAACGCGAUUUCUCUUCGUGAGGGGUGGAAACGACCCUGAUCCCAGGUGCUGUCUCGUGCUCGCACAGCCUUCCACUGGACGGUUUCACCAGAUCCGAAGGCACCUGAACGGGCUCAGUCAUCCCAUCGUGGGCGACUCUGUGCAUGGGGACUGCCGCUUUAACCGAGAGGUGGCUGAUCACCGCAACUCGGCACCCGCCGGGCGAUUGAUGCUCCACUGCCUCCGGUUGUCACUACCGACAUUGCCGGACGCGGUAUCACAGGCGUUGAAACACGCAACAGGGGGAAUUUUGUCGCCGGAGACGGCGCCGGACAAAGACACGAUGACGAAUCACUACUGUGAGCGUGAAAGAAAAUCAGAGAGGGGGCACAACGCCCGAGCUGGGCAGGAGAGAGGCGAACGCCGUAGUCGGAAAAGAGAGGAUGGCCACGGCAAUACCAGGGGGGUCGAUGGCAGGGAAGGUAGAGCAUUUGGCUCUGUCUCGGAGGAAGUGCAGGCUCCCGUCGAAACUGAGAAAGCAGCUUCUAACACCGGCGACCCGUACCCCAAACCCCGUUCGGAAUUUGAUUCAACCAGAACGCCCCCGGCCUCCGCCCCGCGCCAAGAAAUAUCAACCGAACCAUUCGUUCCCACUCUGGCUGAGAUCAGUGCGGCCAUUUCACCGUCUGUAGGGAAGAAAGAGAGUUCCACAGGAGGUUGUAGACCUCGUCCUAUUGAUGGGGAGGCACAAGAGGAGCUAGUGGGAGAAGGUUUCCACGUGUACGCCGAGCCGCCAGAUGACAUGAUGAUGUUCUUGCGAGGCAUGUCUUGGUGGGAAGAGGGUUUGUUUUGA